CCACUCUACUGCUUUUUCCGUUACUGUCAAAUGUCAAACAACCAAAUGCGUUAGCCAAUGACAUACGACGAAAAACUCUUACCCGUGCAGCUUCAUGAAGACUGACUGAAUCAUGGAGGACACACAAACAUUAAGCGAUGGAGAUUUCUCUCCUGGAUGCAGUAAAAUCAGUGUGGAGAGAUCAAACUCACCGGAGCCCAGCUGUGUGUCCAUGAAGAGUGACGAGUCUAUGGAUAUACCAUUAAAAUUUGCUGGAAGACACGCAUCAACUGAUCCGAGGAGAUUGCAGAGGGAGCUAACAAACCAACCGGAGCCUAGCUAUGUGUCCAUGAAGAGUGAUGAAUCUAUGGAUAUACCAUUAAAAUUUGCUGGAAGACACACAUCAACUGAUCCGAGUCGAUUCCAGAAAGAGCGAUCAAACCAACCAGAGCCCAGCUGUGUGUCCAUGAAGAGUGAUGAAUCUGUGGAUAUACCAUUAAAAUUUGCUGGAAGACACACAUCAACUGAUCCGAGUCGGUUCCAGAAGGAGCGAUCAAACCAACCAGAGCCCAGCUGUGUGUCCAUGAAGAGUGACGAGUCUAUGGAUAUACCAUUAAAAUUUGCUGGAAGACACACAUCAACUGAUCCGAGUCAAUUUCAGAGAGAGCGAUCAAAUCCACUGGAGCCCAGCUGUGUGUCCAUGAAGAGUGACGAAUCUAUGGAUAUACCAUUAAAAUUUGCUGGAAGACACACAUCAUCUGAUCCGAGGGAGAAAUCAAGCCCACAAGAGCAGAGAUGUAAGUCCAUGGAAGGAGACCAGUCUAGGGCAAUGCUUGUAACAAAUAAGGGAGAAUCUAUUCUGAGAUUCAAAUCAAAUCUGCUGAAGAAGUUUCAGUGUCUGUAUGAAGGAACAGCGACGCAGGGAAACCCAACACUCCUGAAUGAGAUCUACACAGAGCUCUUCAUCGCAGAGAGUGAAAGUGGAGAGAUCAGUAAUGAGCAUGAGGUGAGACAGAUUGAGACACAAUCCAGGAGAGCAGCAACAGAGGACACAGCAAUCAAAUGCAGAGACAUCUUUAGACCUUUACCUGGACAAGACAAAGCCAACAGAACUGUGCUGACAAAGGGAGUCGCUGGCAUUGGAAAAACAGUCUCUGUGCAGAAGUUCAUUGUGGACUGGGCUGAAGAGAAAGAGAAUCAGGAUAUCCAGCUCAUAUUUCCACUUCCUUUCAGAGAGCUCAACUUGAUGAAGAACAAAACACUCCGUCUUUCAGAUCUUCUUCAUAUCUUUUUCCCUGAAACAAAACAAAUAGAAAUAUCCAGUGGUGAAUAUAAAGUGUUGUUCAUCUUUGAUGGUCUGGAUGAGUGUCGUCUGUCUCUGGACUUUAAGAGCAAAGUGAAACUGUGUAAUAUAUCUGAAUCAGCCUCAGUGGACGUGCUGCUGAUAAACCUCAUUGUGGGGAAUCUGCUUCCCUCUGCUCUCAUCUGGAUCACCUCCAGACCAGCAGCAGCUGAUCUCAUUCCCUCUGAGUGUGUCCAUCGAAUGACAGAGGUACGAGGCUUCGAUGAUCCACAGAAGGAGGAAUACUUCAGGAAGAGAAUCAGUGAUCAGAGUCUAGCCGAUACAAUCAUCAGACACCUGAAGUCAUCAAGGAGCCUCCACAUCAUGUGCCACAUCCCAGUGUUCUGCUGGAUCUCAGCCACUGUUCUUGAGAAGAUGUUGAGUGAAGCAGAGAGUGGAGAGAUUCCCAAGACUCUCACUCAAAUGUACACACACUUCCUGAUCAUUCAGACCAACAUCAAACAUGAGAAGGACUAUGAGAAGAAAGUUAAAGAUGAAGACAUGAUUGUCAAACUGGGGAAACUGGCUUUUCAGCAACUUGUGAAAGGCAACCUGAUCUUUUAUGAGUGGAAAGUCUUCUGUUUUGUUCAUCUGAGCAUCCAGGAACAUCUAGCAGCUCUAUAUGCACACCGCUCCUUUAUAAAUGACAACAUCAGUGUCUUUGACCAAACUAAAGAAAGUCUGUUGUCUAAGGUUUUAAAUGAGAAGAAAUGUAAUUUAAUAUCUGAGCUGCAUCAGAGAGCUGUGAAUAAUGCCUUAAAGAGUAAGAAUGGACAUCUGGAUCUUUUCCUGCGUUUUCUUCUGGGUCUAUCAUUGGAGUCCAAUCAGACUCUCUUACGAGCACUACUGCCACAGACAAGAAGCUGCUCCUACAACAAAGAGGAAACAAUUCAGUACAUUAAACAAAACAUUAGGCAGAAUCGCUCUCCAGAGAGAUCCAUGAAUCUGUUCCACUGUCUGAAUGAAUUGGGUGAUCUUUCACUGAUGCAGGAGAUCCAAGAUUAUCUGAAAUCUGGAAAAAUAGGAGAAACCAAACUCUCCUCUUCACAGUGGUCAGCUCUGGUUUAUGUGUUGCUGACAUCAGAGCAGGAGAUGGAUGUUUUUAAACUAAAACAUUUUAUUGGAGCCCAAAAUACAGCAGAUGAUGUUCUUCUGAAGCUGCUGCCUGUGGUUAAAGAAUCCAGAUUUGCUUACUUGAGUUAUUGUGGAAUCACAGAUGAAGGUUGUGCUGCUUUGGCUUCAGCUCUGAGAUCAAACCCCUCACACCUGAGAUGUGUGGAUCUGACUGGAAACAAUCUAGGAGCAUCUGGAGUGAAUCUGCUCUCUGAUGGACUGAAGAAUCCUCACUGUAAACUGGAGAAUCUGUGGUUGAGUAAUUGUGGAGUCACAGAUGAAGGUUGUGCUGCUCUGGCUUCAGCUCUGAGAUCAAACCCCUCACACCUGAGAGAACUGUAUCUGUCUAGAAAUAAAUUAGGAGACUCAGGAGUGAAUCUGCUCUCUGAUGGACUGAAGGAUCCUCACUGUAAACUGGAAACACUGUGGUUGAGUAAUUGUGGAGUCACAGAUGAAGGUUGUGCUGCUCUGACUUCAGCUCUGAGAUCAAACCCCUCACACAUGAGAGAACUGUAUCUCUCUGAAAAUAAACUAGGACACACAGCAGUGAAUCUGCUCUCUGAUCUACUGAAGGAUCUUCGCUGUAAACUGGAAACACUGUCGUUGAAUACAUGUGGUCUCACACGUCAAGGUUGUGCUGCUCUGACUUCAGCUCGAAAAUCCUCUUCACGCCUGAGAGAACUGAAUCUGUUUGAAAAUAACUAAGGGACUCAUAACUAAGUUUUACUCUGGUCUGAAGGGUUUUUAACCAUUAUAACCUGAAGACACGUUUAUAGUAAAAAUUAAGUAUAUUAAUGUUUCUUUUUAUUUUGAAACAAUACAAUAUUUCACUUUUAUCAUUGACUAUACAUGCACCCUGCGAUUAAACGUUACCUCAUGUGUAAACACAAUAUUUGGAUCAAAUUGAUGCAGUUAAGCUCAUAAUUGCAGUAACCAAUCAUAGUAAAUGAUGUGGUAUAUGCUGAUAAUCGCAACAAACAGGCAUCUUUUUUUAAUCCUUAUCUUCAUCCAGAGAUUGUGUAAAGAUUAUGAUGGCAGCAUAAGCAACCCCGCUUGCAGCGGCAUUGCAUCUAAUUUGGAUGUUCAUCAUAGCACUGUAUAACCAUCCAAUACGUCCAUAGAAAUGUGUUUUGCAUUCGACUGAAGUAGAUUAAAACAGUGGCCUGUAACACAACUAAUCUAUGUGAGUUCAUCAUUUGUGAUGUGCAUUGGGAUUUGUUAAUUAACGGUGGUAAAGAUAACC